AUUUUUAAAGAUUUUUGGUGUUAAACUCAAGACUUUUCACAUUCACACAACACACAACACACAACAUAACCCUUUUCUUUCUUUCUCUGUUUUGCAUUCUUCUAUUCUAACACACACACAGAGAACAGAACAGAACAGUCAUAUUAAACCAUGGUGAGUCCAGUGGUAGUGGGGGAGAGAAUAGGAAAAGAAUACUCAGAGGAGAUUUGGGAGAUGGGAAGGUGUCCUGAGUGGCUGAAACCAAUGCUUAGAGGAAACUAUUUCGUGGGAUGUUCAAUCCAUGGAGAUUCAAACAAAAGUGAAUGCAAUAUGUUCUGUCUCGACUGCAUGGGCAACUCACUCUGUUCCUACUGUUUAUACCAUCACAAACAUCACCACCUCAUUCAGAUUCGGAGGUCGUCUUAUCAUAACGUGGUGAGAGUGAAUGAGAUUCAGAAGUACAUAGACAUUUCUUGUAUUCAGACUUACAUAAUCAACAGUGCCAAGAUUGUGUUCUUGAAUGAGCGUCCUCAGCCUAGACCUGGAAAAGGAGUUACUAAUACUUGUGAGAUUUGUUGCAGAAGCCUUCUUGAUUCUUUUCGUUUCUGCUCUUUGGGUUGCAAGCUGGGAGGAAUGAAGCGGGGUGAUAAAGACUUGACAUUUAUGAUGAAAUCAUCCUCCUCAUCAUCAUCAACAACAACAAUAACAAUAUCAACAAUGAUUGGGAAACACAUGAAGAAGAGAAUGAAGGAGAAUAAUACAAAUUUAAACAUCAAUGGAAAUGGAAAUAGAGGAUCAGAGUCUGAAGAUUCAUGGAGUACUAUUCCAAAGAAUAAGAAGAAGAAGAAGAGGAAGAUGACGAUAGAUGAAAAGGGACAUCAUCAUCAUCAUCAGAAGAUGAUGAUGAUGAUGAUGAAACAGAGCUCUGAAAAUGGUACUUCAAACAUUUCUCCUUCAACUCCCCCAAUUUUCAACCAUCGUAAUGCAAGUAGAAGAAAAGGCAUACCUCAUCGCGCCCCCUUUUAAUAUUCUCCAAUCCAAAUCAACUACAAAGCUCUUUUCUUUUACAUAUAUAUGUACAUAUAGAAUUAGAAACAAACAAUAGAAUUAAGAAUGUUACACAGGCCAUAUCAUAUAUAAUAUAAUAUGUAUAAUUAGCCCAAGUCCUAAAAGAGAUUAGCACGUACGUAGGAGUAGUACUAUAGUUGUACAGUAGAAUGAUUUCAAUAGAAACUGAUAUAUGUAUGUUGUUUGUUUUUUUAGUAGUAGCUAGAACUGUAAAGUAAAUGAAUAAAAAUAUAAAAUGUAUAAAGUUAAAUAUUCUGAUGA